AUCUGUUUGAAGUUUUAAAGGCUGUGGAUGGGCUGAGGGCCUACAACUUUUCUGCUGCAUUUUAACAAACCGAACCUACCUGCUGAACAGCAGGACUUUCGUCCAACGACAACAUUUAGAACAUAUCUCCAAAAAAACGUAAUUUUUAAAGGCCAGAAUGCUUCGAGCACCUUUACAUCGGGCCUUGAGCCUCCCCAAUCUACGGCAGUUAUCACCUGCAUUUAGAAAUCUCUCAACCACUUCAGCCCAGCUAGAGAAAAUUGAAGUUUUUGUUGAUGACAAGCCUGUUAUGGUUGAGCCUGGAACCACAGUGCUCCAGGCUGCAGCUAUGGUUGGAGUGGAAAUACCUCGCUUCUGUUAUCAUGAACGUUUGGCUGUUGCUGGAAAUUGUCGUAUGUGUUUGGUAGAAGUUGAAAAAUCACCGAAGCCUGUUGCUGCCUGUGCAAUGCCUGUAAUGAAAGGGUGGCGGAUUAAAACAAACUCUGACAUGACUAAGAAGGCCCGGGAAGGAGUUAUGGAGUUCCUGCUUGUGAACCACCCUCUUGACUGUCCAAUUUGUGAUCAAGGAGGUGAAUGUGACCUCCAAGACCAGAGUAUGGCUUUUGGCAGCGACAGAAGCCGUUUCACUGAUAUUCAAUUCGAUGGCAAAAGAGCUGUUGAAGACAAGGAUGUUGGUCCUCUUAUCAAAACUGUCAUGACUCGUUGCAUUCACUGUACUCGAUGCAUUCGUUUCGCAUCAGAAGUUGCUGGAGUUGAUGAUCUAGGAACAACUGGUCGUGGUUCUGAUAUGCAGGUGGGAACUUAUGUUGAAAAGAUGUUCCUUUCAGAACUUUCAGGUAAUGUCAUUGACCUGUGCCCUGUUGGAGCUCUUACAAACAAACCAUUUGCAUUCACUGCUCGUCCAUGGGAAACUCGCAAAACUGAAAGUGUUGAUGUACUCGAUGCUCUGGGAAGUAACAUUGUUGUAUCCACCCGCACUGGUGAGGUACUGCGCAUUCUUCCAAGACUCAAUGAGGAAAUCAAUGAAGAGUGGCUCUCUGAUAAGUCCAGAUUUGCAUGUGAUGGUCUCAAACGUCAGCGCCUGGUUGCUCCGAUGGUGAAGAAUGAAAAGGGAGAACUAGUAUCUUGUGAGUGGGAAGAUGCCCUCGUCAGUGUGGCCAAGGCUAUGCUGCGGGCAGGAGAACAAACUGCUGCUGUGGCUGGAGGUUUGGCUGAUGCAGAGUCUCUGGUAGCCCUGAAAGAUUUGUUGAACCGGCUUGGAGGUGAAGCAUUGUGCACUGAACACACAUUCCCUCAGGAUGGUUCUGGGACAGAUUUGCGUUCCAGUUACCUCCUCAACAAUAAGAUUGCAGGAAUUGAGGAAGCAGACCUUAUUCUUCUUAUUGGAACAAACCCUCGUUUUGAAGCUCCUUUGUUGAAUGCAAGGAUCCGCAAGACUUACAUUCAUAAGGAAUGUGAUGUGGCUCUCCUCGGUCCCAAGGUGGACCUGACCUAUGAUUAUGAGCAUCUUGGUGAUGAUACUGCCACAUUGAAGAAGCUUGCAUCUGGUCAGCAUCCCUUUAACAAAAAAUUGUCAGCUGCCAAGAAUCCCAUGAUAAUUUUGGGUGGCCAACAGUUCGGACGGCAGGAUGCUGCUGCAAUUCUAGCAGCUGUUCAGCAACUUUCACAGUCUCUGAGCUCAGCAUUGAACAACAAGGAAUGGAAAAUCCUCAAUAUUCUGCAACAAGUUGCUUCCCAAGUUGCUGCUCUUGAUAUUGGGUACAAACCAGGUGUAAGCGAAAUCCGUGAAAACCCACCCAAGGUAUUGUUCCUGCUGGGUGCCGAUGAAGGCACUAUCACUAGAGCUGAUCUUCCUAAGGACUGUUUUGUGGUCUAUAUAGGACACCAUGGAGACCAGGGAGCUUCAAUGGCUGAUGCCAUUUUGCCUGGUGCAACAUACACAGAGAAACAAGGCACUUUUGUUAACACCGAAGGCCGAACACAACAGACACAAGUAGCUGUCACCCCACCAGGAAUGGCACGAGUUGAUUGGAAAAUUAUCCGUGCACUGUCUGAAGUUGUUGGUACACCCCUUCCGUAUGAUGAUCUUAAUGCUGUAAGGCAAAGGCUUACUGAGGUUGCUCCUAACCUAACUCGUUAUGGCUCUGCUGAAGAUGCUAACUACUUUGCCCAGGCCACUGAAUUGUCCAAGUCGGUGAAGACUCAGUUAGCCUCUACUCCAUUGGAUGUUAAACUUAAAGAACUUCAAGAUUUCUUCAUGACUGACGCAAUCAGCAGAGCAUCACCCACUAUGGCUAAGUGUGUACAAGCUGUCUUGAAGCAAAAGAGUUCAAAAUAUUAGGUAGUUCUGCAUCAUAUUUUUUACUUAAAUCUUGAAGCAGGUCUUAAACUUUAGAGAUUUAUUGGAGAAUUGAAUUCUGUUCUUCAA